CGGGGGCGCCAUGAGGCGGGGCUGAGGCCGGGCCGAGGCCGGAGCGGGAGCGGCACCGGGAGGGAUACCGAGCCCGGCGGGCCCGGCCGCCGCGCCAUGCGAGCGGGCUGAGCGGCGGGGCAGGGCCGGGGCAGGCAGCGAGCGGCCCAGUGGCGCGCCUCCGGAUCCAAGGUGCUGGUGUCUCACCCUGCCUGGAACCUGAGGUCCCGUGUGCCCAUCCGCCUCCCGACGUCACCAAUGCGACCAUGGGAACUGGCAGUGAAUAGGCGGCCACCCUCUGCCCCUUUCAACCAGCGCCGUUUCUCGGGGGGACCCUGCAGCAGCCCCGACCACCUCCGGCGAAGCCCCCCUGCCAGGCGUCAGUGGGGACGACGCGACCGACCUCUGGCAACCCUGCUGGGCCAGGAUGAGCCCCAGCUGCACCCUGCCUUCCCCCAGCAGCCGCACAUCCCUGUAGAUGAGCCCCGCUCCUACGCUCUCCCCAGCACGCCGCCACGAAUGCUUCACCCAGCCGCUCACCCGCCCCACCAGAACCCAUUCAUGGUGGAUCUGCAUGACCAGGUGCACCAGGGACCUGUCCCUCUCUCCUACACGGUUACCACCGUCACGACACAAGGCUUCCCCAUCCACGCCGGCCAGCACAUCCCUGGGUGCAGCACCCAGCAGCUCCCAGCAUGCUCAGUGAUGUUCAGCGGACAGCACUACCCGCUCUGCUGCCUCCCGCCCCCGCUGAUCCAGGCAUGCGCGAUGCAACAGCUCCCCGUCUCCUACCAGACAUUCCCCCCCAUCAUCUCCAGCGACCAUUACAUCCUGCACCCGCCCCCGCCGCCAGUGCCCCCCCACCAGCCGCCCCACAUGGCCCCCCUGGGGCAGUUUGUACCUCUCCAAGCCCAGCACCCACGCAUGCCUCUGCAGAGGAUAGACAAUGACGUGGACCUGCGAGGGGAGCAGCACCCCAUUGCGGGCUUCACGUACCCCCCGUCCCACCAUGCUCCCACGCUGUCCCCCUCCGUGCCGUUGCAUUACCUCCCCCAUGACCCGCUGCACCAAGAACUGCCAUUUGGCGUGCCAUACCCCCACAUGAUGCCCCGGAGGCUGAACACCCAGCGGUACCGGCUGCAGCAGGCGCUGCCCCCGCCGCCGCCCCCUCCGCCACCCCCUCCGUACUACCCAAGCUUCCUGCCCUAUUUCCUCUCUAUGCUUCCUGUGUCGCCGACGGCCGUGGGGCCCACGAUCAGCCUAGACCUGGACGUGGAUGAUGUAGAGAUGGAGAAUUACGAGGCGCUGCUGAACCUGGCCGAGCGGCUGGGGGAGGCCAAGCCACGGGGACUCACCAAAGCAGACAUCGAGCACCUCCCAUCCUACCGCUUCAACCCUGAGAGCCACCAGUCUGAGCAGACCCUGUGCGUCGUGUGCUUCAGCGACUUUGAGGCCCGGCAGCUUCUUCGCGUCCUGCCCUGCAACCACGAGUUCCACGCCAAGUGUGUCGACAAAUGGUUAAAGGCGAAUCGCACGUGCCCCAUCUGCCGGGCGGACGCGUCGGAGGUGCAGCGGGAGGCGGACUGAGGCUGGCGGGCGCUGUGCCGCACAAUUCGCUAGAGGACGAGGACGCCGGGCCAGGGGCGGGGGCUGCUGCCCGCUGCUAGGGCCUGACCCUGCGCUUACCCCCCCUCCCCAAAGCCUCUCCUCGGAUGUGGUGAGCAUUGAGCAGUCCGGGCUCCCGGCCAGCCCUCCUCCUCCCCGCCAGGGCACGGACUCGGCCAGACGCCUGCCCGCUGCGCUCCCAGGGCCCCGAAUCAUGUUGUGCUGGAGGCGGGAGGCGCGUGGCCGUGCCCUCCGCGCUCCAAAGACGCUGUUGUUGCUCCAUCACUUUCCAGGUCUUUGUACUCUGCUAGGGAAUUAGUGUUUGUUCCCUUUGUCACUUUUUUUUUUUUUUUUUUUUUUUUUUUUUCAUGGUAGGUUUUUCCCCCCACCCCACCUCCCCGUUUCCUUUUCCGUCGCGUUUUUUGGUUCCGUGGCCAUUUGACUCAGUGGCGCGCAGGCGGCUCCUCCCCUCGGCGUUGCUCAUGGAGGAUGCGGGGAGGAGAGAGGAGGGAGCGCUGCAGGUUUGAUGCCGGCGGCACCCCGAGCCGGAGCGCCGGGCCGGCCCCGGGGGCAGCCGGAGGAGGUGGCCGGUGGAGCGCGGCCAAGGUGGGACACCAGCAACCCCGCGGCGUGGCUGGGACAGGAACGCCUCUGUCCCCGCUCCCGCACGCAGCCCGGCACGGCCCCUCUCCUGCCUCGGCUGCCCUGGGGAGCCCCGGAGGGUUAUGGCUGCUUGGGGUCUUUUCCCGGUGGGAGGAUGGUGCUGGUGCAGCCCCAGCCGCUCUCCCCGUUCGUUCCCCUAUGCCCAGCCGCUGCAGCUCCCGGGGCCGGGCCGUGCGGUGUCCCACGGGGCAGCCAGACCUGGGGCGGGUGGGGGUGACGGACGGACGCCCCAUCCCUGUCCCCGUGGGAGUGCGGUGUCCCCCCGGCGUGCUGCACGGCUCCAGCUGUCGUUUCUCCAUCCCGCUGCCGUAAAUCAAAAAUCGCUCCGCGUCCCUGUCCUGCUGGCUGGGCGGCACGACGCGGUGCCCCUGGCCGGUGGGCAGCAGUGGGGGGGGGGGGAGGCCGGCCGGGCUGCAGCGGGUGCCCCCCGGCCCCCAGAGCGGGGUGGGGAGGGGGGGAUUUUAUCCAUAACCUUGUGGUGUAUUUUCAGUGCUACCCCUGCCCCGGCUGGCGUGGGGGGAGCUGUGAGCAGCCCCCCUGCCGCUGUAUCCCCCUCCUUGCCUGCGCAGGGCCGGGGUGGGGGGGGGGGGGAGAAGCCGCCGCCGGGCUCCGGCAAUCCCGCGUGGCCAUUGUUUUGCAUGAUUAAUUAGCGAGGAGGGUAACGGGAGGGUGGCGGCGAGAGGACCGCCGUCCCCUCGCGGCGCGCGUUGCCGACGCCUGGGAGCCUCCGAGCGGACGCCAGCCCUAUGUAAAUGUUCACAAAUAUGCAUGCAUGUCUGACCAGCUUGGAACGUGGUCUUGGCUACGUCUAGCCGGCUGUGGGGUGAGGGGGGGUGGGGAGAGGGGUUUUUGUGCUCAGCUGAUACUGCCAUGCACUGUACUGCACAUGUCCGCAACGCCACAGCAGGACCGUGAGACUUUCAGGGCCGUCCCCCCUCCGCGGGGUCUGCGCCCCCUCCAAGCGGGAGGUGGUGGUAUGUUGGGGGGGGGGGGGGGGGUCGCCCGCGGCGGUGGCAUGUGCGAGGGGGGACUGGGUGGGGGGGGGCUGCUCCCUGCGGGGCGGGGGGCAGGUGGCGGGGCUGGCCCCUGGCAGCGGCCCUGGCCGCCAUGCUGGGGCUGGCUUCGAGGCGAGGGCGCCACGCCCGGCAGGUGGGUGGGCGGGGUGGCACGCCUUGCGCUGCCACGCCAUAGGUCCAGAGGGGUGGUGCCAAUCACUUGGGUGGCUGAGGUAGGCCUGCUCCCGAUUGGCUGGGGGAGGGGGGGGUGUUGGGUGGGGGUGGGCUGCGCACUGCCUCUGCCAACCAGCAGGCCUCUCCCAGCAUGCUGGUGGGCGGGCCCUGGUCUCCCCUCAGCCAGUCAGGCGCGGGGGGGCAGCGAGUGGCAUGUCGCGAUUGGCUGGCUCCCCCUUGCCUCCUUUUCCCGGCCUCGCGGUGCGAAGCGUCGAGGCCGAGGGCCCCGGCCCGGCGCCACUGGCUCCACUGUGGCGCGGGCGCCGGCACCGCUGGGCUCGGUGCCCCUUGGGCAGGACCCCGGCCCCCUCCCUGUCCCUCGCUCAGUGACAGAUAACCAAAGGAGUCCCUGUGCUGCGCGGCGGCGGCGGCCUCGCGCCCCCGGAGACACCCCCCCACCCCCUCCCCUCCCGCCCUUGCGGUGCCCAGGGAGCCAGGAAAGCCUUACGGUCCUUUGACGGCGACUCGAAAGCUCACAGCUCGUGUGCUGCAGAAUUUAUUCCAAUGAGCAGCUAAAAGUAUCAUUUAAAAAAAAAAAUAACAAAAAGAAAAAAUUACAAAAAAAAUACUAAAAAACAAUUAUUUAGGGUGUUUGUGAUUGCUGACUGCGCUGUAGAUACCACUGUUUACCAAUGAUUUCCUGUGGUGGGAUAGUGGACUGUUUACUGUUCUAUUAUACCAGUCCCCGGGCCCUCCAGUGGGACCCCCGCGGCUCCCCGGAAGGUGCUAGGACGUGUGUUCUGUGUUAGAAAGUUUUUAUAUAUAUAUAUAUAUAUAUAAAUAUAUAUAUAUAAUUUUUUUUGCUCUGUUACUUGCACAUUUUACAGUUACCUCAUUUUUCCCAUGUAUGUAUUUGAAAAAAGGCUAAUAUAUAGAAAAGAAAGGUUCUUAAAGCUCUAAAAGUGUUUGUUUUUUUUCCAUUCCAUUGGAAUCAUAUUGGUUUUGUAGCAUUUAACAUAACUAGUAUGUUGUAUUAUAUAUAUGUGUAUUAUACUGAUUGAAAUUUUUAACAGAUUUGUACUUUUUUUAAAAUGAAAGUUGCUAGUUCUGCUUGACCAAGUAGUGCAAUCAUUAUUUUUUUUAAUGUUGUGGCUGAUUUUGAGAGGGAUAUUCACUAAUAAAUGUAUGAUGUAUACCA